CUCUGCGCAGCGUCACCGCGCACACCCGGAAGUAAACACUCUGACCACGUGGGCUGGAGAAGGCGUCGCCGCGCGGGGCCGAUGUUUAAAAUAGUUUCCAGGGGGUCACAGGUUCAUGCCGUGUCAUGACGGGUCGCAGCCAUCGAGCUGGACGAGCUGCGAGGAAGAGGAGGCAGAAAUGUGAAAGUUCCGUCCAGUCGGUCUCUCUGUGUCAUCAGCUCCAGUACGUGAGGCUCAUGAAGUUUCUCCACCAACGAGGAUUCGCGUCAUCUCUGCUGCAGCCGGCUCUCUUCACCGACACAGGUAGAGGAUUGCAGACUCUCAAAACUAUAAAGCCCGGCCAGCUCCUCAUUUCUCUGCCAGAGUCGUGUCUCCUCACAACCUCGACUGUUCUCAUCAGCGACCUGGGGCCGUACAUCAGGAGCUGGAAGCACCGCCUCUCUCCCCUGCUGGCACUCUGUGCGUUCCUCGUGCGUGAGCGGCACCGAGGGGAAGCCUCCGACUGGUUCCCCUACAUCGACGCGCUGCCUUCCGCUUACACCUGCCCCGCCUACUUCACAGACGACACCGUGAGCCUGCUGCCCGCCUGCGUGCGGAGGCGGGCGCUCGAGCAGAGGGAGGCGGUGCGAGAACUCUACUCCUCCAGCCGUGGCUUCUUCGGAUCCCUGCAGCCAAUCCUGAGUCGACCUGUGGAGGAGGUGUUCACAUAUGAAGCACUGAGGUGGGCGUGGUGCAGUGUCAACACACGCUCCGUCUUCAUGUCCCACCCAUCCAACGACUUCCUGUCCGGACAGGAUGUUUACGCUUUAGCUCCUUUCCUGGACUUGCUCAACCACCAGCCUGACGUGCAGGUAAAAGCGAGUUUCAAUGACGAGACCAGAUGCUACGAGAUCAGGAGCGUCUCCGGGACGCCGCGCUUCCAGCAGGCUUUCAUAAACUACGGUUCCCAUGACAACCAGCGCCUGUUGUUAGAGUACGGCUUUGUCGCCCCCAGCAACCCGCACAGUGUGGUGUAUGUGGACACAGAUCUUCUCUGUGACGUUUUAAGAGACGACAGGAGUUUGAUCCCGAAGAUGAAGUUUCUUAAAGAGAACAACCUGGUUCAUAACCUGACUGUGUCCAGCGACGGCCUCAGUUGGAGGCUGAUGACGGCUCUCAGACUGUUGUCCAUGCCACAAACACUGUAUCACCAGUGGAAGGCAGUGUUGCUCGGCCAGUCGGUGUGUGAAGAGAGGGAGGAGUGGAGCGUCCGCACGGCCGAGACGCUCUGUCAGCGACUUCUACAGGACACACAGGCAGCUCUGGAUGAGAUCUCCGUCCUGCUGCAGCAGUGUGACCAGUCUGUCAGGGAGCAGCUUGACGUGGUCCAGUCACUGCGACUGGAGGAGAGGUGCAUCCUGGGACGCUGUCUUGAGGCACAGCGAGGCACGACGAGACAACUGGAUGAACCGUUGCCGUGCCAACCUGACGUUGACACCGUGAGCUGACCUCUGAUCGGUGCGCUUGCCUGCUAGUUGCAGUUUCUGUCGAUAUCACUGGAGUAACUGGAGACGCUGGUCAGUCUCCAUGUUCCUGCGCCGCUGGUCGAGCAGUGCGGCUGACAGAGUCAGCAGGACGUCCUGUGAUCGGGUUUGAUUCCUGGUACGCUGCGAGACAGUGAGGCGCUCACCACCACCGCCAUCAUUUGAGGAGAAGGUCUCUGAUGCAGUAACUGGAAUUACUCUCGUUUCCCUCUGGACUCAAGUUAAACAACAGCCAGGAAACAGAGGAAAACUACACAGAGGCAGAAGUGUUUUUUAAUUUAAUCAUGUUUUUAUUUUAUAAUGAAAUGGCACAGUACUGUUCAAGAGUUCAAAUGUUCAAGUAAAGUAACAUCACACAACA